ACUAUAUACUAAUUGUUAUGUUUCGCGUCGCGUAUAGACGACAUUCGGACGCACCACAAUGACCACAUCCCAGGAGCUGGAUCGGGCGCAGGAGCGCGCGGACAAGGCUGCCGCCGAGCUGCGGCGCACUCAGGCCGAGCUGAGAGUGACACAGGGCGAAACUGAAAAACGUUUUUCGGAUGCGGAGCGCGCACGCGAAGAGGCCGCCGCACUGCAGGAGAAGCUGGAGAAGAGCCAGGGCGAAGUGUACCGACUGAAGGCGAAGCUGGAGAAUGCCCAGGGCGAGCAGGAGAGUCUGCGCCAGGAGCUGGAGAAGGCGCAGAGCGGCGUCUCGCGUAUACACGCCGAUCGCGAUCGGGCGUUCGCCGAGGUGGAGAAGAUCAAGGAGGAAAUGGAGCGCACGCAGGCAACGCUGGGCAAGGCGCAGCUGCAGCACGAGAAGCUGCAAAACACGCUGGACAAGGCACAGAACGAGGUCGAUCAUCUGCAGGAUAAACUAGACAAGGCCGGCACCGAGAAUCGACGUCUGGUGCUCGAAAAGGAGAAGCUCACCUAUGACUAUGAUAAUCUCCAAUCGCAGCUGGACAAGGCGCUCGGCCAGGCGGCGCGCAUGCAGAAGGAACGCGAAACUCUCACGCUGGAUACGGAUCGCAUACGCGAAAAGCUUGAGAAGACGCAGAUGCAGCUAGCGCGCAUACAAAAGGAAAGGGAUCAGUUCUCUGAUGAACUGGAAACGCUCAAGGAGCGCUCGGAAUCCUCCCAGACGCUGCUCAUGAAGGCCGCACGAGAUCGUGAGGCGAUGCAAACCGAUCUGGAAGUACUUAAAGAGCGCUAUGAGAAAUCGCAUGCCAUACAGCAGAAACUGCAGAUGGAGCGCGAUGAUGCUGUCACCGAGGUGGAAAUACUCAAGGAGAAACUGGACAAGGCUCUCUAUGCCAGCCAGAAGCUCAUCGACGAGAAGGACACAUCCAACAAGGAGUUCGAGAAGAUGCUGGAGAAGUACGAUCGUGCUCAGAACGAGAUCUAUCGCCUGCAAUCGCGCUGCGAUACCGCUGAGGCGGAUCGCGCCCGACUCGAGGUGGAGGCCGAACGCUCCGGCUUGGCCGCCUCGAAGGCGCGCGAGGAUCUGCGCAAGCUGCAGGACGAAAGCACACGGCUGCAGGAGGCCUGCGAUCGUGCCGCCCUGCAGCUCAGUCGCGCCAAGGAGUGCGAGGAUAAUGCGCGCACCGAACUGGAACACAAUCGGGAUCGAUUCGACAAGAUGCAAACGGACAUACGACGCGCCCAGGGCGAAAAGGAGCACUUCCAAUCGGAGCUGGAGCGCGUCACCUACGAGCUGGAGCGUGCCCAUGCGGCACAGACCAAAGCGGCCGCCAGCGUGGAGGCCGCCAAGGAGGAGGCAGCCCACUAUGCCGUCGAGCUGGAGAAGCUGCGCGAGCGCUACGAAAAGAAUCAGGUGGAGCUGCGCAAGCUGCAGGACACAGACACGUUUGGACGUGAGACGCGUCGCCUCAAGGAGGAGAACGAACGGUUGCGCGAGAAGCUGGACAAGACACUGAUGGAGCUGGAGACGAUACGCGGCAAGUCGCAAUACGAGUCAGAAUCCUUUGAGAAAUACAAGGAUAAAUACGAGAAGAUCGAGACCGAAAUACAGAACAUGGAGUCGAAGCUGCACGAGACCAGUCUGCAGCUUGAACUGUCCAAGGGCGAGGUCGCUAAAUUGCUGGCCAACCAGGACAAACAGCGCAGCGAGCUGGAGCGUGCCCACAUUGAGCGUGAGAAGGCGCGAGACAAGCACGAGAAACUGCUGAAGGAGGUCGAUCGUUUGCGCCUGCAACAGUCCUCGGUGAGCCCCGGCGAGCCGGUGCGCUCGUCCGCCGCGAUCUCAGCGGGCGAGCGACAGGAGAUCGAUCGGCUGCGUGAUCGCCUCGAGAAGGCGCUGCAGUCGCGCGAUGCUACCGAACUGGAGGCCGGUCGCUUGGCCAAGGAACUGGAGAAGGCACAAAUGCAUUUGGCCAAACAGCAGGAGAAUACCGAGUCCACGCGCAUCGAAUUCGAGCGCAUGGGCGCCGAGCUUGGACGCCUGCACGAUCGUCUCGAGAAAUCCGAGUCGGAAAAGGAAGCUCUGCGGCAGAGCAGUCGCGGCCCCGGUGCCGCCGGCGGCGCCCAUCCACAGCUGGAGAAGCACGUCCAGAAGCUGGAGAACGAUGUCAAACAGCUGGCCAUGGAGCGUGAACAGCUUGUGCUGCAGCUGGAAAAGAGUCAGGAGAUACUGAUGAACUUCCAAAAGGAGCUGCAAAACGCCGAACAGGAAUUGCAAAAGACGCGCGAGGAGAAUCGCAAGCUGCGCAACGGCCAGCCCGUUGCGCCCGCCGCACCCGCCGAAAUUCAGGCCAUGCAAAAAGAGAUCCAAACGCUGCAGCAGAAGCUGCAGGAAUCGGAGCGCGCCCUGGCAGCCGCGGGACCACAACAACAACAACAGGCAGCGGCAGCCGCAGCGGGCGCCAGCCGCGAGGAGAUCGAACAGUGGCGCAAGGUUAUCGAGCAGGAAAAGAAUCGCGCCGACAUGGCCGACAAGGCUGCCCAGGAGAUGCACAAGCGCAUACAGCUGAUGGACCAACACAUCAAGGAUCAGCACGCCCAGAUGCAAAAGAUGCAGCAGCAGAUGACGCAACAGCAGCAGCAGGCAGCGCAGCAGGCGGCGCAGCAACAGCAAACGGCGGCAGCCAGCGGCGGCGUCGAUGCCAAGGAGCUUGAAAAGGUCAAAGUUGAACUGCAGGCGGCCUGCACGGAGCGUGAUCGCUUCCAGCAGCAGCUGGAGCUAUUGGUGCAGGAGCUUGAAAAGAGCCAGUUGUCCAAUCAGGAGCAGGCAAAGCAGCUGCAGACGGCGCAGCAGCAGGUGCAGCAGCUGCAGCAGCAGAUCCAACAGCUGCAGCAGCAAAUGCAACAGCUGCAGCAGGCGGGCAGCGCGGGCGCCGCGGCAACAGACGUACAGCGGCAGCAACUGGAGCAGCAGCAGAAGCAGCUGGAGGAGGUGCGCAAACAGAUCGACAACCAGGCGAAGGCCACCGAAGGCGAGCGCAAGAUAAUCGACGAGCAGCGCAAACAGAUCGAGGCCAAGCGCAAGGAUAUCGAGGACAAGGAAAAGAAAAUGGCCGAGUUCGAUGUGCAGUUGCGCAAGCGAAAGGAGCAAAUGGAUCAGCUGGAAAAGUCAUUGCAGACUCAGGGCGGCGGCGCAGCGGCCGCCGGCGAGCUUAACAAAAAGCUAAUGGACACGCAGCGGCAGCUCGAGGCCUGCGUCAAGGAACUGCAAAACACAAAAGAGGAGCACAAGAAGGCGGCAACCGAAACGGAGCGCCUGCUGCAAUUGGUACAAAUGUCACAAGAGGAGCAAAAUGCCAAAGAGAAGACCAUUAUGGAUUUGCAACAAGCCUUAAAGAUCGCUCAAGCCAAAGUCAAACAAGCACAAACACAACAGCAGCAGCAGCAGGACGCUGGACCCGCUGGCUUCUUGAAGAGCUUCUUCUAAAUCGAAAGCGUAUAAGUACUUGUCUCGCCGCAAGUAUAAGUACAAGCCUAACACAACAAAUAACAGCACUGUCUACUAUUUUGUAUACUACCGAUUACCGAUAUACCGACUAUGCAGUAUUUCUUCUACUACUAUGUACCACACACACACACACACACAUACACACACAUACACACACACAUUUGUAAAUGACAUAUGUAAAUGCAAGCAAAUUAUUUGAUAUUUAUUAUAUUGUAAUUAGGUUGCCGCUAUACUCAAAUUAUGAAUGCAUUUAUGUAAAUGUCAGAUUUGUAA